AUGUCAAAAUUACGUGCUGCUCGAUCAUAUGGUUUAAGUAGAAAAGCUUUUUAUGAUAAUUUAGAAGUUGAAAAAACUGAAGGUCCACAAAAACAUUUAUUUAUCGCUGCAACAUCUGAUUGUGGUCUUUGUGGUGCAGCAAAUUCAUCAAUUGUUAAAAAUAUUCGUACACAAUUAACUGAUGAAAAACAAAAUUUCGAAGGAAGAAAAAUCAUUGCUAUUGGAGAUAAAUCUUGUACUGGUUUAUCUCGUACACAUUCAUCAAAUAUGCUUUUAUCAGUUAAUGAAAUUGGAAAACGAUCACUUGGUUUUGGUGAUGCAUCAGCUAUGCACAACAAUUAA